UGUGAGAGUUGUAACGGCUCCGCUUGCGCUUCAAUGUUGCAGGCAGCGUGGAAUCAGAGCGCGCGAGCGUAUGGGAGGAGAGCGUGCACGAGUGAGCUAUUGGGGUUCCCAAAUAACGGGAACAAGCAGACAGAGCAAAACACGCAGGCGGAUGGACGAAAGGAUAGGCAAGUGAUCUUAAAACCCGGCAACGUAACGAGCUCUUUCCCCCGAUGCUUACGUGCUUUAUUUGUUUGUUUGCCUUAUUUAGUUAUUUAUAUAUCGAUUGCGUUUUAAUUACUGGCUUGUGACAAGGUGCGCGAGAGGAGGGGCGAAUCCGGCGAGCACGUUGAGUUGCCUUAUUUUUGUAUGGAUUUUUUUUCAACGAGCGAAAGCAAUGCCAUUUUAACACACGUUUAGUGACUUUGCGUGAAUGAAUGUGUAGCCUGUAGCUGCUAGAACAAGGAAGAGAGCUAUAGUAGAGCUAGACCAAAUAAAUUCACCAAAAAAUGCACCUAUACCCAAGUAAUAACACAAUAUCCGCUGUCUUUUGUACGUUUAGAGUCAGGGUGUGAAAUCUUGUCUUUAUUACAACAAAUGCAGACACGUCAGUUUAUUUUACAAGCAUAUAUAACGUUAACCAAAGUUAAAGCGACUGCGACCUAGGGGCGAAGCAGGCCAGCUGAACAUACAAGUCUCUUCAGAGACAGAAACACGGGAGAUAUGCAGUCCUCAACGUUCGCAAAGUAAAUCUACGCGUUUGAGUGACAGAUAUAAAGAUUAUGCCAAACCGAACUAUUAUACCAAAUACUGCAGCUUAAUACCAAAACAAUUAGACAAGCAUUAAAGUAAGAGUGAAGAUAAAAUAACCCACGUUUGUCUUGUUCUAUUCAGUCUAUCCGCCUGUGUGCGCGCUGGAGAAACACAGACAGGCUGCGCGCAUUUGGGUAUCUAUGCACGUAGACCAAAAGUAAAUACAAGCUAACAGAAAAGCUAAAAAUAUAUCAUGUAACUGGAAAUCUUACGUAUAAACGAGAUAUCAAGUAACUAUUACGAAUCAGCCUGUUUUAUCUCGGAAUUGUCUGAAAGCUCUCUACCAGGAACGCAGACGGGGCCAAGCGUGUUAAAAGUCUCUUACACUACUGCUGAUAUCGAAAAGAGAAAAAGAAAACAGCUGAUAAGAACUAGUCAAGAAGACGGAGGAUCAUGUUUGUUCCUUUGCCGGUGCCGUUUGUUUUGCCGAGAACCGCCUCUGAUCUCCACGCCUGGCACCUCAGGUCCCCGCUGGCUCUCCGCUCUCACUCCGAUAUCAGAAUGUCAAAACCAGUAGAGGUUGAGAAUCCAGCAGCAGACUCUCCGAUGGAGAGCACAGACUCGGAGAGAAAUGGCUCAGAUUCUAAUAAUCAGGUUCGGUCAAUGAAAAUCAAUCCCUUCUCCCUUUCCCCUACACUGGGCAAUGCCACCAAGGCUAAGGUGGAAGAUUGUGGUGAAAUGUCUCCUGCUCCUGUUCAAACUACACCCGCUCAGACGCCUCUUCCCCACACACAGCUGAUGCUAACAGGCGGCCAGCUGGCAGGAUUGACUGCACUUUUGCCUGCACAGCAACAACUGCUCUUACAGCAGGCGCAGCUCCUCGCCGCCGCCGUGCAGCAGUCGCACGCGGCCCAUGCAGCCAAUCAACAGCAAGCACAGCAGCAGGCCAAACAGCAGGCCGCUCAGACGCAGUCACACGGCCAGUCGCAGAGCACACAAGAACAAACCGCCGCCCCCGUCCCGCCCCCUCCUCACCAGCUCCCUCUUACUCAGCCAAUCCAACUCACUGCCCAGGACAUUCAGCAGCUGUUGCAGCUGCAGCAGUUAGUUCUCGUCCCAGGACACGCUCUGCCUUCACCCGCACAGUUUUUUUUACCACAGCAAGGGCAGCAAGGGCUGCUAUCAACACCAAAUCUAAUUCCACUACCUCAGCAAAACCAAGGAAGCCUGCUGGCCGCUCCGCCCAGACUUGGUCUUCAAGCACAGAGAGAGAAGCUUGCCGAGAGCAGUGUUACCACGGUAACUCCAGUGACCUCUCACCCUGAGGAACCCAGCGACCUGGAGGAACUGGAGCAAUUUGCACGGACGUUCAAACAGCGAAGAAUCAAGUUGGGCUUCACGCAGGGUGAUGUGGGACUGGCCAUGGGGAAGCUUUACGGCAAUGAUUUCAGUCAAACCACCAUCUCUCGAUUUGAGGCGCUCAAUCUCAGCUUUAAGAACAUGUGCAAGCUCAAACCUUUGCUUGAGAAGUGGCUCACCGACGCAGAGAUUAUGUCGAUGGACAGCACCCUGCCAAGUCCCAGCUCUCUCUCCUCUCCUUCACUGGGCAUUGACGGCUUGCCUGGCCGCCGCAGGAAGAAACGUACCAGCAUUGAGACCAAUGUCCGCGUUGCUCUGGAACGCAGCUUUAUUACGAACCAGAAGCCUACCUCAGAGGAGAUCCAGCUCAUCGCAGACAAGCUCAACAUGGAGAAGGAGGUGGUCCGCGUCUGGUUCUGCAACCGCCGACAGAAAGAGAAACGUAUUAACCCCAACAGUGCCACCUCUCCCUUGCCCAGCCAAUCCCAGCCCACCUCGCACCACCCCCCCUGCUACAGCCCGCACAUGAUGGUCAGUCAGGUUCCAUCCCAGAUGGUGACCAGUCUCAGUACAGCAGUGACCACCAUGUCAUCAGUUUGCCAGUUGACCCCGAGUGGGCCUUCAUUAAGCUCCGCCCCAUCUCCUGUAACUCCACCUCCCCGCAGUGACACCAGCCCCGCCCCUCCGAUUAACAGCACACUAAGUCUUAACACAGGUUCUUGGCAUAAAAAGAAUGGUGAUGUUUCUAACUACAUCACUGAUUUUGCUGCGAGUCUGAGAAAUACAAUGAGAGGCAUUAACGCGGGAAUGAACCAAGCUCUUCUUGCCAACAACCCACUUGCUACUAUCCAAGCACUAGCAGCCAGUGGUGGCCAGCUGCCCAUUUCCAGUCUUGAAGGAAGCAGCAAGAUUUUAUUUGGUGGUUCUGGGGCGCAAGGAGCAGGUCUCCCCUCUUCUCUUUUCCUCAACCACUCCUCUUUGUUGCCCAUGGCUACAGGCGCCGGCAUGGGAUUGGGCGGUUCGGCUACCGCCCAUGCAGCCAAAACAUCAUUCCCUCUCAUCGGCGGCAUGAGUCCCUCCCCUUGCUCAAGCCCCGCCUCUUCCUGCUCUUCCAAUGAUUUGGUACACAGCCCACACUCGAUGGGGGGGGCUAAAAUUGAGUGACAUUGCCCGUUGGCCAAUCACAGGAGGAGGUGAAACCUCACCUGUCAACCAAAGCAUCUUUUGAUCUCCUUCCUCCCUUUCGUGUCAUCCUUCCCACUCUUUUUCUUCCUCUCUCCCACUCUACCGAUACCAAAAAUACACCAAGUAUAAGAGGGGAGAGAACGAGAGACAGAAUGGAAGGAGAAAGGUAGGAGGAGGAAAUACGAAACCAAAAAAACACCACGAGGCUUAGCAGGACGCAGCCAAACACGUAACCUAAGAUAACUAUUCGAGCGAAUAGCGCAGUGUGAAGACGAGAUCCUUGGAAUCUGCGUGCACCAAAAACAACAAAAGAACUUUGACUGUGUUGUAGACAACGAUAAGAGAGUUUCAACUCUCAGAAGCAAACGUGUGGAGUACUGAAAACCAAAAAGUAAAAUGGAACUUUUAGAGACUCACUAUGACAAAAAAAUACAAGCAUACCAAAAUCUCAAAUACCAAAAAUACGGAUGGAAAAGCUUUAUCCAAAGGAUCUGUAAAUAGCCAACCGUCCAGGACCAGAUCCAGUGACACAGUCCAGCCAUCUCUGAGCUCAUCAUCUACCAUAAAAUUGCACUGUCUGUCUUCUGUACAUUUUACCAUUAAAUUGUUUUUAGCAUUAGUUGUACAUCUGAGCCAUGCCUUUGUUUUCAUAACUAGUGUAGACUUUCUCUGGUUCUUUCUCUUUCUAGCUCAUUUCUCGUAUUUUACAGAAGGUAGCAGGUUUGCCAUCUUUGUUGAAUGUACAUAGUAUGGUCAUCAUCAUCAUCAUCAUCAGUCUUGUCAGCAUAUAGAGAGCAAGAGUUUCCAUAGAUUCAUCCUGUGAAAUGGAUGCUGUACAUUCAAAGCUGUAAUAGUGACACCAACCCUCUCUAUCUCUCUCUUUUUCUGUAAGACUAUUCAUACCUGUAGUUAAGUGUAAAUAAUCUCUUCACGUCUGUCUUAAUAACGCUCAUUGCAUUAGUCAUCCAUCACGCGUUCCAUUACUCACUCGCUCCCUUUUGAAUACCAAAGCGAUUCAUUCACACACAUUCAUCAUUCAUUAUUCAAGCGACGCAUGAAGUGAUCGGGAGCCCAGACCUUGGCAACCCCACUCACACACACGAGAAAGACGUGGGAUAUGUCUUGGUGAAGAGGCUUCCCGUCCUCCUGCUUUCUUUACAAGCCAAAAAUGACACUAAACUUCACAGCCAGCCAAACUUCCACUAACCCAGAAAGGAAAACCAAAAAACAAGCCAAAUAUCGGUGGAGAGGAAUCGAGUCGCUGUACAGAAUAAACAGACAUCCCUUCAUGCAUCUGGGCCGAGGUCACCCAGAACCAUAGCAAGGGAUGGAUGGAUGGGAUUCCUCUGCCUCCUGUCAUUCAAAACUCUUUCUGGUCCUGGGUGGCGGGAUCUUUGAUGACCUCACUGAACUCAUCUGAAGAAGAUGUUUUGGGUUUGUUUGCGGGUUGGGAGGGUCGUUCUUUUUGGUCUUUUGUUCCGUCUGUGCGGUUUUUCACUGCGGUGUGUGUAGAUGCUGUACUUCUUCAUUUGUGUGCUAUCAUUUGGGGAAAAGGUAUCUCAUUUUUUGCGUUCCUUACUUGUUCCUAUCUAGUUGUGUUAGAGACUCUAAUCAGGUGGUUGAAACAAUACUGUGAAAAUUCAGUACCGCAGAUAAUGAACCAGGAUAAACACACGCAUCCAAAGAACCAAAGUCGAAUAUAAGCAAGCUUUAAAGAGAACCAAAUAUCAAAUACUCUGCAAUUUCCAUAUUCUCAUCCACCCAACCUUACAGUUGUAUUUAUAUCGUGCUGAAAUCUGUAGCAGGUUCAAUGAGGGAUGGAAAACAUGAACUCACCGUAUAGUCCGAAUGGGUCGGUUAGCGCUUCUAUAGAUUUCGUAGUAAAUUAUCUAUGUUAUAAUGCUUACUUAUUGCUAAUGUAUGGAAGAAAAACAUUGUGAAAAGAUGAAAAAAAUGUUGAUAUUUACUUCGACCAAAAAUCCAUGCUCAUCUCACUUUUGAGUUCUUCGUGUUUUCUUCCUCCCCCAUUUCAAACGAAUUCGAUUCUUAUUUAUUCUCCUCUCGCUGGUGUGCGGAGUUCCUUCAUUUGUAAGAUUUCUUUAAUAUAUUCCAAAUGCUGUUUUGUAGUGGGUGUGUUUGAGGCACCAGAUUGUAUUACAAUGUAAACUUCCUUUGCCAAGGCAACCUUUCAAACCAAAUCCAUCGACAAAUGCAACCGUCGGUCUCGAGCGACCGACUGCGACGGGGUCGACGCUCGUCUUCUCAACCUCUAAACUGCCCCUUACUGAGACAGCUUAGCCUGCGGAGGGGUAACCUAUCAGGGGAAAAGCAGCACUGUGUUUCAUCUGCUGAAAUAUUGUGGUAGCGUUCGUUCACAACGUUGAAGUAACCUUCCAGAGUAAAAGCAUGCACUGCCAUGGUUUGGAUUAGAACUGUGAGGAAGGGGUGAGAUUAUAAUCUACAGAAAACGUAUCUUUGGGCUGUUCACCUGUCUUUAUAUCUUCUCAUACCUGUCUCACCACAGAUGAUGUUAGCCAUCUUGUUGCUAUAGUUACCCUUGUGAAGGCUACCAUGUGUGUAUGCUGAGCGCAGUGCUGUCGUUAGCCUUGACCUGAAAGCUUUAAACAGCUACAAAACCAAAAACUUUAGGAGAGAAAAGAUGGAGGUAUUUGGGUGGAAGGGGUUCCCGGGGGGAGAGAAUACAGCAAAAUAUAUGUAUUGUGUGAUAGCAGAAAUGUAUUGACGGCGCUAUCUCCAUCUUCCUCUCUUUUGCUCUCUGCCUCGCUUCUCUUUUUCCUGUUCCUGCUUUGAUUUUUUUGUGUAUGUUUGUUGUUUCGUCUCUUAGGUAGAGAGUGUAAAAGAGAGAUAGUUCCUCAUAUACCUCACGCUCUUCACUGAUAAACCAAAUAGAUGAAUGCUUUAAACAUUUAGAGAGGCGGGCCGUAUCCGUCAAUAGGGCACGGUAAGAAGUGUUCUGAUUGGCCGGAGUUGAGGGAUUAUAUGAUGAAAAAUCAUGAGUGAUGAUGAUGAAAGCCCCAUUCAGAACGAAGAACUCUGGUCUGUUCACUUCCUCUGCCCUGCUCCAGCCCCUGGAACCACUUUUCCAGUCACUAAACACAGGGCACGAUGUGAUAAAUAUAUACACUUAUUGUGUAUAGCUAUAUAAAUCAUACGGGUGACUGAGAGGAGAGGGUGACUGUUGUUGCUAGGUGACAAAUUUUACGUCUAAAAAUGGAGAUGUGUUGAAAAAGAAAAUAGGGGGAUGCCACUUAAACUUUCCCUUGCUUUUUAUUCACCUUAUAGUCAGGCAUUAUAUUGGUUAUUAAAAAAAAACAUUUUUGAUAUGCAAGUAAUAAACUGCAGUGUAAGGGAGCGUGUUCAAAGUGUGGAGUCUCUUAAUGGCGUGAAUCUCCAGAGAAUGAUACCAAAGCAACACCCCAUUCUGAGACCAAACACAGCAGACACACUCCCUAGAAACAACUGUUCCGAUUCUCCUAUUCUCUUUAUUCUGAUUUUCUUCGGAACUUCAUUUAUCAUUACAACAUUUCCCAUAAAGAGAAAUAAACUUUAUUUAAAACGUUGAUAAAUCCUGACCAGGUUAAGAGAACUGUAAGUUACAGAGCUGCUCUUGUUUUACUCUUCUUCCGAUGCUUUCUCUGUAUUAUAAUAAAAAUGAAAAAGCUUCAGUCCAAAGGGGAUUAAUUUUUUUUUAAAUAACAAAGAACUUAAACACUUAAACCAAAGAGUUACACUGACAUCCUCAAUUGUUUUUAUUUUUGGUCUCUUUCCCUGGUCACCUAGCAACCCAGUUUCUGAAGGUAUAAACUCAACUACUAUACAAAGUAACACAAGGAUAAAAAUGAUCAAAUGUAUAUUUUUAAUUAUCCAUUAUAUGGGGGAAAGCAUCAUGAUGAUGAUCUUAAAGAAAAGACUCAGUAUGUGUAUGAUUUUUUUUUCUUUGGUUAGUGAUCUGUCUCAAUUUCUUCAUGUUCACUGCUCACUCAAUGCAUAAAUGCGAGUCUGUCGUUGUUGUCUGUGUGUACAUACGUUCAUGUAUGCAUGUUACACACUUGGACUCAUAGUUGACAAAUGCAGUUAUGUUGGUAGUGUGGUGGAAAUGUGUGUGAAUGUGAGCGUCUAAUCUGAUGUACGCUGUCACAUUUUUACCCUUUCCAUUGGCUCUUUUUAAUUACUUGUUAUUCUUGAGUUGAGCAGUUCUUUUUUCCCUUUUCUUCUGUGUCUCUCUUCCUCCCUAAGGUGACAGGUUAGCCUUUUGGUGUAAUUAUCUCUGAAACCAAAAAAUUGUUGACAAAACUCGCUUGUUCAUUGUACAGUGUUGUUCAUUUAAAGUCAUUUUUGUAACUGAAAGUGUUUCACUCAUCUGAAUAAAAACAGUAGAGAG